GCGUGCGUGACUGGGCAAAACGAGACAAGUUAACCAGACACUGCCUUUCCAUCGAUCUCUCCCAUCUGCCCCGGCGUGCAGGCACUCAUUGCGCCCCCGCGUAUCCUCGUACAAAUACACAGCACAGGCACUUGGUGGGGAACAGUGCCAACCUUUCCCGCGCCGAUGGCUCCCCGUCUCCCUCUUGUCCGGGGCGCUCCUGCCCGCCUUCUCCUCCUCCUCGCUGUGGUGCUCGCCCAGCUCGGGCCGCUCUCCUGCGACACGCUCCGCGGCUCCGUCACCUGCCUCGACUGCGCCGCGGGCCACCACCUCUCCGGGGUGGUGGUUGCGGUGAAAUGCACCGGCGGCGCGGGCCUGCACGCGGCGCAGACCGACGGCAGCGGCAGCUUCGACGUGGCCGUGCCGGCGGCCUCGGGCUCGCGGUGCGCGGCCAGGGUCCUCGGUGGCGCGGAGCAGCUCUGCGCGCCGCAGGGGCUCGCCGUCGCGCGCGUCGUCGCCGCCGCCGGGGGCUCCUAUGCGCUGGGAUCCCGCCUCGCCGUCUUCACAAGGUGCGGCGCCGGCGCCGGUGCCGUUGCGACGAUGGCCACCGGCAGCGGCGGCCAAAGGCCCGCACCACCCGGGCCGCGGCCGGUGAUGUCUCCCCCGCAGGCCGUUGGCCGCGGCAGCAGCUCCCCACCCUACGGCCUGGGAAUCCCUCUCAUCUACUUCUUCCCUUUCAUCCCCAUCAUCGGCAUCCCCUGAAUUCUGAACGAACGUAUCGGCAUCCCCUAAAAUUUGAAUCCUUGCAGUACCGUUUACUAUUCAGUUAUCUUCGUUUAACCAGCCAACCAGGUUCGCAGUAAUAUUUUGUUAUCCAUGUCACGGUGUGCUCGUGUAGUCGUGUGAGCAACGGCCAAUAAGCAUUUGUUUCGUAAACUAGGUGUUAAUCGAUUCUACUGUCGCUUUCAGUUAUGGGCGACAACUUUGUGCAUGUUA